AUGGCAGAGGGGUCGGGCUUCUACGCACGACUUGUGGAUGAGCAGGGCAGCUACAUCGAGACGGUGGAGAGCGGGGGGAAGGUGUACGCGAUCGGGCGGCCAGGCCAGGCUUUCACGCUGGAGUGCGGCCUGCUGGACGGCACGAAGGGGGGGCCGUGGCAGGUGGGCGCAAGUGUUGCGGGAAAGGAUGCGAACGUCCACUCGACCUUGAGCAACACCAGUCGCACGUGGACUUGCAAGGGCUUCCUGUCGAACGCGACAGCACCAGAUGCUGCCGGCAACCGUCAGUUCACCUACGAAAGCUUCGAGUUCGCUGCUGCCGUGGACGGGCAGGACGCGAACGCCGGCCACGACGGUCAGGCCGGACCGACCGACCGCGGGGGGCUGGUGGAGGUCCGCUUUUCCAAAGCAGAGACUUGGGCAUGCCCGCUCAGGAAAGGAAAGCACUGCCCCAGCUGCUCCAGGACGGCGGAGUAUUCGAAGGCGGGCCUAGCAGCGCGGAAGGGCAGCGGCGGCCCGGAGAAGAAGUUCUUCCAGAAGCCCUCCCUGGGCGUCAAGGGGGGUGUCAGCAAACAGGUCCCGAACGCGAUGGUCACGACGCAUUCCAGGAGCGUUGGCGAGCCGGUGGUGCUGCGGAUCCAGUGCGAGACGCGGUCGUGUCUGGAGCUGCGGGGCAUCCUCGAGCGGCCCCCCGCGCCGCCCCGCGCCACCGCCCGCAACAACGGCAGGGGCGCGGGCGAGGACAUGAAGCCAGUUAUCUACAUCCUGGAUUGA